ACUAGUAUUAAUUUGGUUUUAUUAAAUAGAUGAAAACAGUGCAUUUUAAAUUUUGUAAUUUAAAAAAUAUUAAAUUUCUUUUGUAUUGAUUAUUAACGAUUUUAAUUUUGUGUUUUAGAAAUGGAUUCUGAAACAGUCGUUGACUUGACACAAUCCGAAGAGCAUUCUUCAAUACUACGUAAGCUUCUAAGUACUCCUCCACCUCCACCACUUAAACAGCAACAGCAACAGCAACAGAAACAGCAACAGAAACAGCAACAGCAACAGCAACAGCAGCUGACACAACAACCGUCUACUUCUUCAUCUUUCGCUAGUAACACUCUAAAAUUUAUUCGACUGUCGGAAAAUGGAUUUCCACCCGAACGUUGUUCACCAUUAGCUGCGGGCUUUGAUUUAAGAAGUGGAGAAAAUGUAGUUAUAAAAAAAUGGGAUCGUAAAUUAGUAAAAACAAAUAUUGCGAUAGUAUUACCAGACGAGUGUUAUGGUCGAAUAGCGCCGAGAUCAGGUCUAUCUUUAAAAAACGGUAUACAUGUAGGUGCUGGAGUUAUUGAUCCAGAUUAUAGAGGAAACGUAGGAAUAGUGCUGUUCAAUUUAUCAAACGAUAAUUUCAGUGUAGAAAUUGGUGAUAGAAUAGCUCAAUUAAUUUGCGAGCGAAUAGUUUGGCCUGAUAUUGAGGAGGUUACUAAAAACAGUGUGUUAGAAAAAACUAGUAGAGAUGAAAAUGGUUUUGGAUCAACAGGAUUAAAAUAAUUAUUUUUAUUUUUUUUUCAGAUCAUAAAUAAUGGAAUCUUUUCUACCAUUUAAAAAAAGAAAACAUACUUUUGUUUCUGAACCAAUGAACAUUGAUAAUAAUGAAGAAGAAGAGCUCAUGGAAUUAGAACAGGAAAAUAAUUAUUCUCUAUCACCAUCUACAUCAUCAUCAUCAUUAUCUUCUG